UCGCUCGCUAAAAAUCGCAUUUUGGGGGUUCGAUUGGAUCGGCGAUAUGGAGAUGGGUCGCAUCGCCGACGCGUCCGACGAGGCGGCGCCUGCUCGCGGUGGUUUCUGCUGCUGCUUCCCCCCCUUCUCGAGCUCCUCCUGGAAACGGAUCGACGCGGCGGCGCCGGGUACGGAUGGUCGGAGCCGGUGGGGGAGGGUCAGGGCGGUGGCGAUGAAGGUCCGGGAGUGGUCGGAGCUGGUGGCCGGGCCGAGAUGGAAGACCUUCAUUCGGCGAUUCGGGCGGAACCCUAGCAGGGGGCGGGCGCCGCCUCCGGGGACGACGAGGUUCGGCUACGACGAGUGGAGCUACUCACUCAAUUUCGACGAGGGACACGGCGACGGCGACGAAGACCAGGAGGGACCCCAGGGCAUCGGCUACCGCGGUUUCUCUGCCAGCUUGGCGACGUCUCCGCCUGCUCUGUGUAAGUUCCCCGCCGGCCCUGACGCUCCGGCGUCGUCUCCCUUCGUCGUCAGCGGUCAUUGAUGCUAGGUCAAGCGCAGCAACCAGUGAUGGUAACUGGUGAAACAGUGAGGGAAUCGGUCAGAAGACGUUACGUAAUGUGAUUGGUCCCCGUUAUAUGUGUUGUAGAAGGAUGGGAAACUAUUUAUAAAUAAUUCGUUAUUUUUAAAUGUAAUGAUUAAACUUUUGGGGACUCGUAUCGUCACCAUCGAUAUUUGUACGUGUGAUUUCUCCGUGUAAAGGAUCGCCACGGUAAAAUAAAUAUGUUUGUGAUUA